AUGGUGAUUCUGGGUGAUGAAAACAGCAACUGUAGCUUUGGCAGGACAGGGGCAGGCCCACCUACUCCUGAGAUGGCCAGCUUUGUACUGCAUGGGCUGCAAGUGUUUUGUUCUUAUAAUAAAUCUCUCACUUCAGAAAUGGAGCUGGAAUCCCAGAUAGAGAAAAAAGAGCAGAAGUUGGUCCAAACAGCUGGCAAAACUUGCCUGGAUCUGAAUAAUCGUGGAUUAACAGCGUCGGACGUGAGUGAAAUGGCUGCUUUGCUGCCUUUUCAUCCAGACUUGGAAAACUUGGAUAUUUCCUGGAAUGAUUCCAUUGGUGGAUCUCUCCAUUCAAUCACCCAGCAAAUUCAUUUUAUCAGCAAGUUAAAAAUCCUGAGACUGGGGAAUUGCAAGCUUACCACUGAAGAUGUUCUAGCCCUGGGAGAAGCCCUUAAAGUGAUCCCUGAACUUGCAGAGCUGAGCUUGUCCUGGAACAAUAAAGUUGGGGGAAAUUUACCUGUGAUUCUCCAGAAAUUUGAAGAGGGGAGCAAAAUACAAAAGCUUGAGCUUGUGGAUUGUGCCCUUACAUCAGAAGAUGGGAAGUUUGUGGGUUACUUAUUACCUAGGCUAAAAAAUCUUCAAGAACUUGAUCUUUCCAUCAAUAGAAAUAUUGGGACCAGUCUAUACAGUAUUGCUCAAGGACUAAAAAGUACCUCAAAUCUAAAAGUACUGAUGUUACAUUCAUGUGGAUUAUCACAAAAGAGUAUGCAACAAUUGGAUUCUGCUUUUAGAUACUUGUGUGAGCUGAGAAAACUAGAUCUUUCCGGCAAUAAGGACCUGGGUGGGGGUUUUGAAGACUCCUCAGCUCAUCUGGCCACUUUGGAGCAUCUGGAAGUCCUAGAUCUUCACCAGUGCUCACUGACAGUGGGUGAUGUGACAUCAUUAACCCAGGUAAUUCCUUUACUGUCAAAUCUUCAAGAAUUGGAUUUAUCUGCUAACAAAAAGAUGGGCAGCUCUUCGGGAAAUCUACUCAGUAGACUCCGGUUUUUACCAGCGCUGAAGUCUGUGCUAAUCAACAACUGUGCUUUGGAAAGUGAGACUUUCACUGCCCUUGCUGAUGCCUCCAUUCACCUCCCUACUCUGGAAAUAUUGAACCUUUCUUGGAAUAAGUGUGUUGGUGGCAACCUGAAGCUGCUCUUGGAAACUCUAAAGCUGUCAAUGUCCCUUCAAGUGCUGAGACUGAGCAGCUGUUCCCUGGUGACAGAAGAUGUGGCUCUCUUAGCAUCAUUAAUACAAGGUGGUCAUCUGGUGAAGCUACAGAAACUGGACCUAAGCUAUAAUGACAGCAUCUGUGACAUAGGAUGGAGCAUCUUCUGCCACAAAGUAUGGCUCCUAAAAGAGUUAACAGAGCUGGAUAUUAGCCUUCGGCCCUCAGGUCUCCGGGAGUGUGGGCAAUGGAUUAGAAACUUGUUGUGGGCUGUGACCCAACUUCCGAAGCUCACUGAGAUAGGAAUGAAAAGAUGGAUCCUCCCAGCCUCAGUGCAGGAAGAACUUAAAAGCAUUUAUCAGGAUCAUCAAAGCAGCAUGCACCUUGACCACGGUGGGUUUCGGUAG